AUGGCAGAACACCAUGCCGCUCACGCAGCUCGGCAAGUUGCUACUGCGGGAAGGGCCGAAUCUGUGCCAUUAGAAAGCAGUAGCGCAGUGACCUUUUCCGAAACGGACAGGCCCUUCAGCUGCAGUCGCCUCAGCCUCACGAACGACUCCCAGGCUUCUGGUAAGACCAGAAACACUGUGAAGGUGGAGCACAGACGGCCCCAAAAGCCAACCUUACGGAGCCUUUUGGCGUGUUGCUUCACGGCCAUCCUUGUCGUAUUGGCUGCAGGAGCUGCGGCUUUCGCCGUCGCGAUUUUGGACUUUUACAGCUUUGCUAAGCAUGGAAAACCUUUGCGCUUUACCGAUAUACGGUUCACACAGCCUUUACGCAUUGGUUCUCCAGCCGCAAGCGAGCACCUUGAGAUUUUCCUUGACGGGCUUCAAGUGAGACUGGAAAUUUCCAACCCUCUGUUGCUGCCAUUGCACGCUGAGAUCGCUGAAUUUUCCCUCUUCUUUCGCCCCUCUCCCAAGGCACGUUCGGUGGCGCAAACGCAAGUGAAGCGUACAGAGUCGAAAACUGCACAGACAGCAGCCAGAACAGAGCGCGGGAUUCAUGGGACAGCGCCAGAUGAACAGCCAUCAAGCAAUCGGACAAAGGCCUCCCCCUGGGCACAUUACCAAACUGGUCUUGAAGCAACAGUUGCGUUUGUUCCUUCAGAGGCUCCUGGCAGUACAGCAGAACCUACAAUUUUCCCUCCUGGACUGUAUCGUCGUCGACGUCUGUCGACAGAAUCUGUCAGGUCAAGACAUCAUGACCUUUUCGAAUCCGUCAUGAACGCCCAGAAACAGAUGCACCCAGUCAGACAGCCGCGCCUCUCUCCGCAGUUCCCCAACCCUUCCAGCAACGAAGGCGCAGGCCAUCUCCCAGUGCAGGAGGGCGACGGUAUCCCGCCUGAAUUCUGGGGAAUGCCCUCGUAUAUCCCAGGCAGGCAACUACAUCCCUCCAGAGUGAAUGGUGUCGCCAUCAAUCGCGGCGCCCGAGAAGUCCUCGCAGCUGAUACUUCGCACACAGGAUGGGAAGUCCACGGUUGGGGUUCGGGUGACGAACUUCUGGAAAACCCGUUGCUCGUGCAAGACAUGCUCGAUGCUUUGAGUCCCGGGAGAAGCGUUAUGGGUAUCCCGAAUCGAGGAGAGUCGGGCACUGGCUUUCAGGAGAAUCUUGCACCGACUCAGGAAACAGCUACCGAGCAACAUUCCGGUCGUCUCGCCCAAACGUUUGGACAUCCUCUCUCGGCACCUCCCGCAUCUCCUCACAGCGUUCCUUUUCCGAGUUACCUCCAGUUCUCCAAUUCAACUGCAUGCGUCCCGGAGGCCGAUGCAGAAGUUGACGCAAGCGACGUUCGCUUGUGUCCACAGUGGCACGAUCUCGGCCAGGUUCAGCAACAAAGCGAGGCACGUUCUGAUGACGUACAGGUCGCAACUGUUCACUCCGCAAUUCGCUCUCGAAGCAGUAUUCGCCUGCCCCUCGCGAUUUUAAAGCGCCGGCUGUGGCACCCACGCACAGAAAGCAUGACGGCCGCUCUAGAACUUAUGGUCGCUUGCCUCAACGAAGGGUUUGCCCAAUUUCAACUACGGACUUCCGCAGCCCAGCUGACAAUGGCACCUGGAUGGUUUUCCGUUCAGCUCGACGCGGUGCAGUCUGAGCCGCUUUUUAUUCCUUGUGAGUAUCACCAGGAGAUCCAGUUGGUAUCGCGGAACAGUGCCACCGGCACAAGCGGCCCUGGGAUAAGUCUAUAG